AUGAGCUCCGACAACCGCCAAAAGUACGGCCCGCAUGGCCGGUCAGCUCAGAGUGCGACACCGUAUCCCAGAGAAGGGUACCAGGUCCCACAGAUUGCACGCCCGUCCGGAAGCUGGUACUCCCCCGCGGCUCCAACCUAUACCCAGAACAACCCGUCCUACGGCUAUCCGCACCCGAAUGUUCAGCCGUACCCGACUUACCAGAGCAACCCGUCCUACGGCUAUCCGGGCCCCAAUCAGCGGUCAAACCUGUCUGCAAGUGCUGCAGAGUUCGUCCCUAACCAACCUCACCACGGCGCAGGCGGCGGCCAGGACUUUUCCCAGAGGCAGAAGCAUUCUCUCGCCGUACACAAGGUCCGUCAGCACCAGGAGUCCGAUGACAAGAGUGACCAAAUGCGCGAUUUCGACCGCAGGCUCAAAGAGAUGGAGAGGUCCCAUAAGCAGGACAAGGACGACAACAAGGUCUCUUUUGCCGUGGUUUGGGAAAAGUUGGAGCAGCAUGACAAGGCCGUAAGCUUCCUCGAACCGGCACUUGUCGAGAAGAUCUUCAGCCUGAUUCCGGCCACUAAGAAGGAAGAGUCCAAGACCAACACACUUCCUAAGCCGCCAUCGCGCAAGCGCGCCCGGACCGAGGAGUGA